GUCGCACGCUUGGGAGUCCGUGCGGCGCUGUGAGUCUGGCGAGGGACAGCACGCUGUGCGCGAGGCGCGCGCGCGCAAUUGGGCUCCACGCAGUCCGUGUCCACGGCGUUCGUCGCUUCCUUCGUUGGUCGAGGAGGCACGGCGCAGAAUCGGAGUACGCCCACCGAGCGCGACUCCUGCGGAUAAGCGCUGCGGUCUUCCGCCGCCGCCAGCAGCGCGCACCACGUGUACACACAUGUCGGCAGCCACGGGUGCCCUGCACUGCCUCUUGUUGGCUGCGCUGGAGGCCGGUAUCCUUGGCUUGCGCAUCGUGUCACUGGACGUGCCUCAACGUGUGAGCGUGGGCCGCGAGGCGCUGCUAAAGUGCGCCUACGACCUCGAGGGUGACCUUCUCUACUCUGUGAAGUGGUACAAGGACGAUAUCGAGUUCUUCAGAUACGUGCCCUCCGACAGGCCACCCGGCCAGUACUUUGAAGUGAACGGCAUACGAGUAGAUAUGAUUCGCUCGGUGAACGGCAGCGUGUUCAUCCGUGGCAUGGAUGCCGCAUCGGAGGGCACGUACAAAUGCGAAGUCUCCGCGGACGCACCCUCUUUCCAGACAAUCUUCGCUGAGAAGAUGAUCAGGGUCGACUCCGGCUCUCCUAGUCAUCUGAGGACCUCCGGCCUCGCCUGGACACUCGUAGCCACCGUCGCAUGCCUCACGUCGUUGCUUCGGUGGCACGCCACGUGAAGUGAUAAGCCCGCUCUAAUACCACGGCGUCGAGAGGCCUCACCUGUUCAGCAAGCCAGCCAGCAGGCCAGCCGCCACCUCGCGCGUUCGUUCCAAGACGAGUUAAACAAAAGACUAAGCAGCGUGACGUGCGUGCGCUGCACGGACUGGCUCAGCAGCUGAGCAGCGCCAGUGCGAGCAGGUGACCAGGCAAAGGGUCGAGGGCGAUCAUGUCCAGCGAAAAGCAAAGCUGUUUCCUGUCGACCCGGAAGAUGCGAGACUUUUCGAUCGCGCGAGUCACAAAGGAGUUGUUUUAGAGUGAAAGCUGGAGCAGCGAAGAAGAAAAAAAAAACAAGAUGAAGAUACGAACCAGGAAGGCCGAACAAUGCAAGAAGAACUAUGUGCCGCUCUUAUUCUAUUGACAGUAUGAGCCGCCCGAAAUGCGCGCUCGCUGUCAAAAACGGUUUGUUCUUGUUUUGCCUUGCCCGUGCUUCUUUGUAUUUCAGGCUGCCUUUCUCUCAAUCUCUCUGAACUCUCCCAUAAUGGCAUUCUGCAGGUAUGCCAUCUUACUUCGCACGUUUCUUUUUCACCUUCGUCGACCAAAAAAGAAAUAGCUAUCGGCUUUUCUUUCUUUUUUUGUUUGGAUCUGUGACGAAGAGGAUCUUCUAGUCACUACAUCAACGGUGUUUUAUUUUUGUGAUCAAAAUGCCAUAGCAGAUUGAAAGGGAACAAGGUAUUGAUACAGAAGAACUGCGUAAGCGCCGGAGAGUGAAAUCUCAGCUCGCGGGGGAGAUGGAGCGUCGAUGACGAAAGGGCUUUGUUUCCUUUCUUACAGUAUAUCUAGAGACUCACUUUCAGUCGCUUACGAAGCGCAGAUACUCAACGGUCGGUGACUGCAAAGUCUAAUUAUACAGAUAUAAAGACUAAGCAAGUUUCUUGGAGACCACAUUGAAACGUUCGGCAAAGAAAGGGCACUGACUGCAAGCGUAUAACGCAUUUAAAAAGCCGUGCUAAAUGAUUAUGAACCUGUUUUCUAGUGCGAUAUCCUCGUCGCAUACUGGUGUCCUUUUCUGCAUACGGCCGCAAGCAAAAUGAAGGACAGGAUUUAAUUUCUAGCCACUUGGCUACAGUCAUUCUAGCUGCAUGUACAGUUUACAAACGGUACAAAGUUUGUUGUUUGUUUGCUGCUUGUUCGAGCUUAGCUCCACCCGCACUUACAUCUAUGAAAUAGGGCGUAAAAAUUUGAAUGCUUGAAAAGAAACGAGCAGCGCAGUUAAGGUGUUCUUGGUGCAACCAUUCAGAACUUGUAAUGUGCUGUUAACGGAAUGUUUUCUUGUGUAAAUAGCACUAAGAGGCCAUGCUAAAUGACUGCUGCCCUCUGAAUCAAGCGCUUGACUCCAAUGAAUGUUUAAACGAUGAAUUUAAAAGCAACCUUCACUUAUUCCUUCGCACUUCAAAUAAAAGCUCUAUUGAAAUUUGA